CAUCUUACGAGUGCGUGAAACUACUGUAGAUCAAAGUAAUCGCUGAACUCCGUCGCUGAUGGCAAGAGACAUGCUUCAUCAGUAUGAUACGACCAGUGUCGUUUUCGAGGCUGAUUUUCUCGGGGAUGCUAGGCUUAUCUCCCACGUGAUUACAUCAUCCUGAUGAUGAUGCUGCUCGUCGUUCGUCUGACUUUUUGCAUUUUGCAACAAAGGUGUCACGACGACCAUCAGCCUAGUUCACACCUGAAACAAGCGCACGCAUCUUCGACGAUAUUUCAUGAAAUCAUUUUGACUCCCAAAUCGCUCCCCUUAUGGACGUGAUACAGAAAACACAUACACCUGCGUCGUCGAGAUCAACGCCUGCCCCACCUUACAGGUAGCUUUUCUUACUGGAAGAUAAUGUAUAUACGACGGACGUCUUUGCUUUAUAUAGCACUUCGGGCCAUUCUGCUGUUUACAUCCAGAGGGGAUGCAUUCGGAACGAUCAACGAGCCGGCUGUCAUCGGCCAACACUGCGAGCAUGAAAGAAUUACCAGGGCCGCGUUCGCGUGCAACUCCAACAACCCGGUAUCCGAUGGAAGAUGUUUCGAAGAAAUGACACUGCAUCAGCUGGCAGGAACUUCUGAAGAGGAGGGAUACGUCGGACAGGGUUCAAACGGAGCUGUUGGCGCUCCAGACAUGCUGGAUCCAAUACCAGAAGGCCCAAACGCUCACUGCGACAAUGCCGAUUUCCUUGACGCUGUCGCUUUCGGAUUGAACGACACUUAUCCACGUACACGGCUACAGGCAACUGCAACCCUCCAAGACUGCGCUAAUCAUCUGCGAAUGCGGUUUGCGGAGGGUAUUGCCGCGGCCGAUAAGAUCACCGACAUUGACGCAAGGAUUGUUGCGCCUGAGGUCGAUAUAUCUUCACGUGAUUGCAUGUUCUCUUUUCCUGAGCUCCAGAUGCACGUUUUCGGAAGGUCUAAAUGCUCCGCGAUCGAAGGUUUCGGACGAGCGCUGCAUGGAAUCCAGGACUUCUAUGCACACAGUAACUGGGCUGACGAUGCCCAGCCCCCCUUCAACGCUUCUAACCCGCCAGGUCUAUUGCGCAAUGAUGCUCCGAUGUUUUUGGAUCUGCGCGCCGAAAACAACAUUUCCGAACAGGUACCACACGACCUGACGACUGGGUGCUUUGGUGGUAUCCUUACCGACGGACCCGUGGGAAAAGCUGGACAUCCACUGGAACCUGGUUCUCUUGAUUGCACAGGACGCAUCACUCAUCAUACACUCAACAAGGACAACGGAAUCAUCGAUGAGGUCACUGGCAAAACUAGCAAGCCAGGCCCCAAUACUCCGCGCAGCGAUUUCCCUGGCAACUUUGAGCGAGCAGUGGCUGCAGCAAUUCGCGACUCCCGCCGACAAUGGCGGUACUUCAGGGAGGAGAUUCGGAGAUCCUAUGGCACGGAGAGAGGUAAUCUCAUGAUAUGCGCCUUGGUCCGAGAUAACCCAACAGUCGACUGUUACGGCAGACGUGUCGCAAUUCUACGAGACGCACAAGGGAAUCAAGACCGCAUUGCUGAGAUGCAAGUGCCAAUACAGAAAUGGCUGGUUCAAGAAGUUCAAGGACAAGCACACGACGAGGGCCCGGGCGAGGGUCUGACACGCCAGAAUUCUACCAAAAGUCGAGGUUCCAGCAAUGAAUUGGAGAAGCCUUUCCGAGAAAAUGAAGGAAGCAACAGUUUCUCUCUCGUAACAGAAGGUCUUGAUUUCUCAACCGCAGUAACCUCCUUACUGGCGAACAAGUCCGCCCUCCCCUGUAACAAAACUGCCAUUGUCGCGUUGACCAGCAGCCGAGAUACACAUCUCUCUGACCAGACUGAACACAUCAUCCGGGCAGGUAAAGAAGGGAUCCGCGUCCAUCUUGGCCUCCUCCCUCCCUCCCCGCUUCCUCUCCCUUCAAUCGAGAUCUCCAACGAUCUUCUUCAGCUCUCGAAAUCCAAAGAGGAAGAGCUCAUCAAUGCCGUCCUUGAUACCGGCGGAACCUACAGUAUCCUCCACUCCCUGCACACCAUCCCGCGCUUCCUCGACCAUGUCGUGUCCCGCGGCCUCACACAUUACGACAACGCCGGCGACACAGCUACAUUGCUUCUAAGCGGACAAUCUAUCAGCGACUACGUAACACCUGAAUCAGAGCCCCGGCGAUAUUCCUUCGACGCAGGUGCGGUUGACAACGUAAUUAUCGCGGUCGCGCCGCUCACACCCCGAUUAUCCCUAAAAGUGGCCGUGCGUCAUGUCAGGCGGAACAUGGUGGUUAAAGACCUCAUCAUCGGACUUGAAGGCAAUGCGACCUUUAGGGCGGAGUUGGGAAUCGAUGACAUCCCCAGGACAGAUGCAUGGUUCGAGCUUGAGGUCGCUCACGUGAAGGGGGAACGAUUGGUUGGGAGUGGUUUGUUCGAGGUGAGCAUCGAGACGGAGAAGGCGGCGAAGGAGGAUGAUCAGGCGAGCGGGAGUCCGAACAAGGACUCGAGCACAAGUAAUGGAAGGCAAUCGCAAUCGUCCACGCGAGGCAAUAGACAUGAUGAGCUAUAGAUUAGACACGAAGGCGUUACAACGGAGCACGUCAAGAGCCAUUUGUAGGAAUAGAAUAUAGUAGCUAAUUGCUAUAGGGUAUCUCAAACUUCAAAUUAAUACACUGCCGUCAAGUAAUCAAUAUAACAA